AUCAUUUCACACAAAAUUAUCAUCAAAAAAACAAUCACAAUCCAUCAAAAUUUUCAUCUCAAUUACAUUUCUAUAUCAAAAUCACUAAUAUUCCCUCUUUUGAAUCUCGAAAUGUAUAGUCCGUUCUUCACAAAUCACCGGAGGUACCAGCAGCCCUACCCGACUUACCAUCCAUUUCACCCCGUGUACCACGUCGAUCCGGCUCCGGAGGAUCUCCGGCCGACGGAGAGGUCCGCAGCGCCGAAAGUAGUUCGGAUUCCGGUUCAAUUUGGUGGAUCCGAGCGAUUAGACCGGACGGAGUCGGGUGUGAAGAUUCAGAAGGUUUUGAGGGGGUUUUUGGCGAGGAAGAGCCUGUGGAAGGUGAAGGACAUUAAAAUCGAGGUGGAUGAGAUCGAGGAGAGGCUGAGGAGCCGCGAAACCGUCGAGUUGAUGAAGACGGACGCGAAGGAGCGGUUACGGAUGAGCGAGAGCCUGAUGUCUCUGCUGCUGAAGCUGGAUUCGAUCCGCGGCGUGGAUCUCGGGGUUAGGGGAUGCAGGAAGGCUGUGAUUCGUAAAGCGAUCGGUUUGCAGGAGCGGAUUGACGCGAUCGUCGCCAGCGAAAUUGAGGCCGGGGAGUGUGGUUGUGACUGUGACGUGGCGGAGAAUUGUGCGGAUUUGAAGGAUUCGCGUGAGAUUGAGUGCGAUUCAGGCGGAAUUGAGGCCGGGGAUUUGGGGGAAUCGUGUGGGAUGGAGAGGGGUAGGGAGGAUUGUGAGGUGAAGGGGAGUGGGGGAAGAGAGAGAGAGUUGUUGGAGAAGAUGGUGAAGGAGAAUGAGAAGAUGGUGAGGAUGAUGAGGGAGUUGUUUGAGAGGAAUGAGGCGCAGACGAGGAUGCUGAACGCGCUGACGCAGCGCGUGGGGAUGUUGGAGAGGGUGAUCGUGUGUGAUAGGAUGAGGAGGAAGAAGAAGAAGAAGGCCGCACCAUUGCCCUGUACAGACAAAUAGUUUGUUUACUUAUUGAUGGAAAUUCGUAUUGUAAUCGAGUUGAGUUAAAUUGAAUGUUGACAACGUGUUUUGUUCACAA